AUGGAUGAUACUAUCACCGAUUCGGAUUCUACGAUCGGGGAUGUAUUCUCGUCUGAUGGUUUCUCCACAACGGAUACCAUGUCGUCCGUAGACACGUUAGAUCUAGACUCACUGGCGGAAGGACGUGACACGGAAGAUUCACGGUUGAUACAAAGGAAUGGACGAGUAUACUAUGAAAGAGAACUAGACCGAUAUCCCUGGCCCAUGGACUUAGAUGCGCGAGGCCGACAGCAGGAUAUGUACAACAUUGCUCUCGCCCACUUUGACGGGUAUCUCUUCCAUGCACCGAUUAUUGAAGAACCACAGAAAGUCCUUGAUAUCGGUACAGGGAUCGGAGCUUGGGCGAUUGACUUCGCGGAUGUAUUUAGAGGCUCGACGGUAUUCGGCAUAGACUGGGUCUAUCUACAGGCUGAUUUAGGUACCCCGAACGUCCAUUUCAUUAUUGAAGAUGUUGAAAAUUACCCUGGUUGGUAUAGCGAGUUCCGGAAUGUCGAUUACGUACAUGUUGGUCAGAUUGGACAUCGUGUACAGAAUUUGAGGAACAUCCUGAAUGGGAUAAGCAGAUGCUGUAAGCCAGGAGCUUGGGUUGAGUUUGGCGAUUGGGUUGUGGAACUUGAAGAUCCAAACGGCCCAGUCCAUCAGUGGUACGUUGAGCUACAACUCGCUCUCAGCCGAUAUGGAUAUGAUUUGGAAUUUCCUAUCUUGUAUUCAAGUACAAUGGAGGAAAAAGGCUUUGGUGGUAUCACCAUCUCGGAUAACCGAAUCCCUAUGUCUCUCAAUGAUACCACCCACACGAUGACCUCCAAGGCACUUCUAGAAUGUUGGGCCUAUACUCUAGAAGACCUGAGUAUGGAACCUAUGACUGAGAAGCUAGGGCACAGCGCAGAAUAUGUUCAUGAACUCUGCUCUUCUGCGCAACGUGCAAUACUUACUGGUGGCAAAAAUGGAUAUCUGAAUUGGCGUGUUAUUUAUGGUCAAGUUAACCAUGUGUAA